CAUUGUUUUUAUUCAUAUAUGCUAGUCUGCUUUUGGUGCCUGUUUGCCUAAGGCGGGUGGAUAUCAGCCUAUAUGUAUGCGUUAUUUAUUUGUGAAGAUAAAAGCAUAUUUAUAUAGUCAUAUUUGGUAGUUAGCCUACUCCGAUUCUGACCUUUUCGAACCAUGGGCUGCCUUCAAAGCGUCGCCCGCAAGCCCCGCAUUAAACGCGAGAACAUCGUCGUUUACGACGUCUCAGCGACAAUUGACCAUAUCCCGACAGUGAUUGAAGAGAAUUCACCCAUAGUGCUCCGCUACAAAACCCCUUACUUCAAGGCCACCGCCCGGAUAGUAAUGCCACCGAUCCCUCGAAACGAGACUUGGGUGGUUGGUUGGAUCCAAGCGUGCACUCAGAUGGAAUUCUACAACACUUAUGGAGACCUUGGCAUGUCAAGCUGGGAGCUGCCAGAGUUAAGAGAAGGACUGGUCAAAGCCAUCAGCGACUCAGACGGCGUGAGCUACCCAUGGUACGGUAACACCACGGAAACAGUAACCCUCUCUGGUCCUACAUCGAAGCCGUCACGCUUCACCAUUAGCAUGAAUGAUAAUUUCUAUCCCAGCGUAACGUGGGCUGUGCCAGUGAGUGAGAGCAAUGUGCCUUUGCUCACAUGGAUUAAACGGGACCAGAGCUUCACAACUUGGCUGGUGGCUCUGAACACUGCCACUCAGGAGAAGAUCCUCCUGCAGACAGUGAAGUGGAGGAUGAGAGUGGACAUCGCCGUGGACCCCUUCAAGCCACUGGGCUCCAGAGCAAGACUCACCGGACGGCUGCACCAGGACCAGCCCAAGAUGCAGACCAAUAUGGAGCCCAUCCCACCAAAUGCUCUAGGAAAACCCAAUGCUAAUGAUGCCCAAGUGCUUAUGUGGAGGCCCAAGAGAGGGCCACCGUUGGUGGUGAUUCCCUCUAAGUAGCAAGGUGUGGGAAAACGAUGUGAAUCAAGUGCACACAUUUUUAUUCAAUAGUGACACACAAGUCAAUUUGCCUUAAAUCCACACUGCUGCCUUCAAAGAGAUACUUGGUUCCUGAAUUGUCCUGGAGAAACUCUGUAACUUUUGCCUUAAAACCUCUUUGGACUCAAGAAUCAAAAAGAAGAGACUUUAAGGA